CGGACGCUAAGCCUUGUUCGGCCACAACGCUGGCUCCGCUAAGAGUAAGUCAGUGUUGGCGGAAGAAGCGGAGGCGGCGGCGGCCAAGGAGGAGAAGGGAGCCGAGCGGAGCCAGUCGGGCGCCAUGGAGGAGCUGAGCAGCGUGGGAGAACAAGUCUUCGCCGCCGAGUGCAUCCUCAGCAAGCGGCUUCGCAAGGGCAAGCUGGAGUAUUUGGUGAAGUGGAGAGGCUGGUCUUCCAAGCACAACAGCUGGGAACCUGAAGAGAAUAUUCUUGAUCCAAGACUCCUUUUGGCCUUCCAGAAGAAGGAACAUGAGAAAGAGGUACAAAAUCGGAAAAGAGGCAAACGACCGAGAGGCAGACCAAGAAAAAAUGUUGAACCUGAAGCACCCUCCAAGAGCAAAUCCAGCAGCUCUUCCUCCUCUACCUCCUCUUCAACUUCCUCUUCUGAGGAAGAGGAUGAAAGUGACCUUGAGACAAAGAGAAAUCAGCGGAACAGGGAGAGUCACCCAGUGCCUCAAAAGAAAGCUCAGAUUUUAGUUGCUAAACCUGAAAACAAGGACUCGGCCAGGAAGAAACGUGGGCGGAAGCCACUGCCUACAGAGCAGAAGACAACCAAGAGGACAGUCAACCUUACCAAGGUGCUUAAAACAAAUAGAAAGGAGUUGGGAGGGGGAGGGGGGUCCAAAUUGGCAAGCAAGAUGCAGCCACAACACAAUGCUCAAAGUUCUGGCAUUGCCAUGCUUAAAUCCCACAUGAAGGAAGCACAAGGUGCCUUCGGUGGCUUUUGUUCUGGAGCAUCCUCCAAUGAUAACCUCUCCAGCCUAGUGAAGAAUACUACCAUUGGAAGCCCAAAUUGUGGUAUCAGCUGGCAAAGCUCCAUUGUCCAUUAUAUGAGUAGGAUGUCACAGAACCAGAGCUCCGCAGAUGCCUCUGCAGUGGGACGACUGACUCUGAAGUCAGCUAUGUCCUGCAAGAACAGUCUAGGUUUGGAUUUAAAACUAAAAAACCAGAAAGGUUCUGGAAACCUGGAAUUGACUGUGCAAGGAUCCAAAGUGACCAAGAGACCGAGUGGCAAUUUCUUGGGGGAACAAAAGACAGGAAACUUGCACAAUGGGAACAAAGUUCCUUCUGGCUCUCCCAGCAGCCAGCCAUCUUGCAACCAAGAGCUCAACCUUCAAGCUUUAAACCUGCAAAGUGUGAAGAAUGGGCCAAACUCCGCCAGCAGUAGCCAUGUCUCUUACCAUGGCUGCGGGGCAGUUGGCAAAGGCAGUGGCAGCAGUUUAGCAACAAAGACAAGCGCAUCCAAGGGCAGCGGACCUGGGAGUGGCCAGAACAUCGCCAACACAGGGGCAACGUCAACAGAUGCAGAUCCUUGCAAAGGUGAGAAACCAGCACAAAGAGCAGCCAUUAGUGAGAGAGAUGUAGCUACCAAGAGUAAUGCCACCUGUGCCCAGGAGGGAUGCCCCACAAAAGACAAGACUUCAGGCAUGUCAGAAGGGAGCACCGGAGAGGAGGAGACUAGUUCUGAUUCUGACAGAGAUUCUGCUUCUUUUCCUGGAGCAGACCAGAAUACGUCUGUUUCCAUCCAGACUAGCCAAGACUGGAAACCUACCCGGAAUCUUAUUGAACAUGUUUUUGUCACAGAUGUGACAGCUAAUUUGAUCACAGUAACUGUUAAAGAAUCUCCGACAAGUGUGGGCUUUUUUAACCUAAGACAUUAUUGAGUUCCAAGGCAGAUAAGCAUUCUUCCUCCAUCUCAUUUGACUCUACUGUCCCCAUGGAUAUUAGAAGGAGAAACAAACCACAGUAGUUAGCAACCAGAUAAAUAAGGUUAGGGGCUCUUUUUCAAGAGUCUUGGCUUUACUCAUGUUACUCGGCAAUACAGAGGAGUACAUACUUUCCUGUACUUGUACACUUUAGCUGUAUGAUUUGAAAGACCAGAGAAUGAAUAUAUGUGUGUGUGUGUGUAUGUAUGUAUGUAUGUAUGUGUGUAUGUAUGUAUAUAUAUGUAUGUAUAUAUAUACAUACACACACACACACAUACACAGUAUAUAUUCAUUCUCCUGAAUGGGUUCUCUUAAGAAAAAUAGUUCCUUGUUUUUCUUCCCAAUAAUGAAGUUUCCACACUUCUCAGCUCCUAGAACAAAGUAUGUUAGUUUGAAAAUUUGUGAACAAAUCUAUAUUUAGGAUACCUGCCAAGCGCCAUACAAAAAGUUUGUCUUAAGGUUUGUCUUAAUGUAUGUAAGACAUACUUCCAACUUGCUAUGGAAACUAGGGGGUAUGAUAUAUAAGACAGCAUUGGUUUGGAGCUGGGACUAAGAGCUAUCAAGUAAGUUUGGGUUCAGGUUAAGCAUUGAUCUCUAGAAACUCCAGAAGUAUCAAUUAACUUGUUUGAACUAGUGUCUCAAAAACUUGGGAAGAAAGUAUGCUUUUCAUUCUGCCAAAUAUAUCAGCAGAUGCAGGAAAUCAACCUUGGAGAACUGCAGAACAAUGUUCUCAAGAACUUGAAAAGACAAUAUGUUUUUCAACUUGCCAAAUGUCAAGAGAUGCCACUCAGAGGAGAAUGCUGUCUCAUUUUUAACAACAAUUUUUAUCAUAUACAUAUAUGUAAUUCAGGAGAUUUUUACACAAUGGAAAAUUCUAUAUGGAAUUUAGUUCUACCAGUUCCAUGUAAAAUGUGGCAUGUGUAAAUCAUUGCUUAAAUAAGCCAUGUGUUCUGAGAAAUUGCUAUAGGAUGUGGUUCAGACCACUUGUAGGUCCCCAAUGUGUUCACGCACACAUGCACACAUAUACACAUUUUGCAUGCUGUUGCUUACACAGAAGAAACGGGAAGGAAGCAAGAUUAGAGAUUUUUGCUGAUGUUGAGAUUUUAUAAGCAUAAGAUGCCUUAUAAUGUGAGAUGAAAUACUGUUGAUGUGUGCUGUUCAAAUUGAGUUGAGAAUCUUUGGAACUUUGGAAAGCAGGUUUUUGAGGUUUCUAUGCAAUUGAUAUCUUUCUAUAGUCCUAAAUGCUCCCUUGAGUUUGGAUGUUUGGUUGCAGAUAUUUCAUUACCAGCUAGGUAACAUCAUCAGUGCUACUGAGUGUGGUGUUAGCUGUCUGAGUGUGGGGUUACACACACCCAUCAAUACUGUCAGGGCAAGUUAUUGUACUGUUAUAAAAAUAUGGAGCUAACACCAGAGUCACUAGCACUGAUGAAGUUACGUAGCCAGAGAAUGAAACACUUGCAAGCAAACAACCAAGUCAGAGAGCAUCUAGGACUCCACAAUUUAACCCUAAGCUACAAAUAUUCUCUUCUAUUGAUAAUAUCUUUCUACUUAUUCUAACCUGCAAUAACUACAAAAAACUUAUUGCAGAUGGCAAGAUAACAUUGUGAUACAGACUGCCAUUUAUUUUUAUUUGAUCUUUACAUAUGUCCAGUAUCUCCCAAUUAAAUUCUGUUACAGGGCAUCACUGCAGAGCAGAAAUGAUUGAAACGUCUCUUUGCUUUAUUCUUCCAGCAAGGGAUGGCUUUAUCAUUACCUUGACCAGGAAGGUAAUGUAUGAAACCAGAGAGGAUAGACUGGAGUGAGAACAUCCUAGAAGCUAUGUUUAUUUUAGGCUACCUGCUUUUUCUGAAGUCAAGUGGUGAUUCGGUUUAGCUUUCUAUUAUUUCUCUCAGAACAGGUGCUUCCUGUUGGUCAAGAGCCAUGGUCUAAUUUUGGGCAGCGCUGAGCUCGGUCAAGUCAAUUGACAGCGAAGCUUGAUCAGAAUUUGACUUGUGUUCUAAUAGUGUGCUUUUAAGUUCCCAUACUCCUAGCAUAUUCAGUAAAAAGAAAGAGAAACAGGGAAUGUUAAAUUGAUGAUAAGGAAUUUUAUUGAAAUUGGUAUUUUUGCAGCUUUCAAAGUCAAUAAAGUACAUGAUGUUAGACCACUGUUUAUCAGACCCAUUCUAAGGUAAAGCAAUGCAAAGGUUGUGACCAAAACUGUAUGUUGAGACCGCAGUUUAGUUUGUUGUGUGCAUGUUGUGAUGUGACUCAGCAAAUGGUUUUCAGACUUUUGGAUCAUUUGGAGCAUUGGCUUAGCCUACUACUUUUCUUGCUCGUACUGUAGUUUCUCUUUUAUAUUGCUGAACCUUUCCACUACUGCCAUAUGAGCUGUGAAGCUAAGAAAAGGCAAGAAGGCAAAUUUAUCAGGGAUAAAGUGUUGCUCAUGCUUAGGUUAGCUAAUAUGAGUUUGUUGAAUACAUUGAUAUGGAAGCUUAUUUUUUUCACCAAAGUUUACUCACAUAGAAAACAAUUUCAAGGAAGUCCAUGAGAUUUGCUUCCAUGGAGCUGUAAUUUAAAUUUGAUAUGCCAGGUUAUAAUAGUGCACUGAAUGAGUCUUCUGCAAACAGUGCUACUAGUUCCUUAAGCUUACUCCUCUUGAUGUGCACUGCUGCUGAACAAGGUGACAGAAGUUGAGCCGGGAUUUUCCAAAGGGCCUGCAGCUAGGUAGAAUGCCUCUAAGAAUCAGGCAUCAGGCUUAAUACAAUGUUAUUCAGGUAAUAUUUUCAACCCUCCUGGUUUGAGUCCUGGGCUGCCUGGGGUCUCAGCUCACCAUAUUUGUACCACCUCACCAUAUUAGUUCCAAAAAUAUUCUUUGUUGAGAUCAGAGGGAAAAAUCUCUUGUGAGAAUGUGACUUCUUAUAAUAUAAAAGAAACCAUCCAGUGACUAUAUUACACACCCUGACAGAUAGCGUAAGAAAACAAGGCAUUUGUUCUGAAUUGUAGAUUUUAUGACUUUCUCAUUCAGUGCUUUUAAUCAGAUGCCCUCUCUUCUCACUUGCUCUCCAUUGCAAUUAGUGCAGUACUCUAUAAGUUGUGUAUUCCUCUGAGUCAGAUUACACAAUUCCCAUUUUCUAUUUUUUUCUGGAAGUCUCCUCACCUCAACAACUAAUCUCCUUAGAGUGCCCAAUUUUAUCUAAGGGGCUUCUGUCCACUUACUUUAAAGCUGUCAUUGUGUAAUAUUGAAGGGGCUGCCUUAGUGAAUCCUUUAAAUGCCUUUGGUAAAAUCUGCCAAAUCUAGAUGGCCCGGAUAAAGAUACGUUGCCUGUGUUCUUUGUAGUAAUUGGUGCGUCCCACUUAGAUAUUAUCAGUGAAGGAUCCGAGGAUGAGAAUUCCUGCCUGUCUCAGUUUUUUGUUGUGCAUCUCCUGUUGGAGCUGUCCUUGGCUAAACUAUUUUUAAACUCCUAUCAUGUGCCUUUUAAUUCUGGGUGUAUGUUGACAAUAUUUUGAUAAUUCUGCCAAAGUAGAUGUUUCUGUGGAGAACUAAGUUUCUGGAGCAGAGUCAGAAGAGGAGGAUACACAGCAGUUCAGUUAAAUGAAGUCAGUUUUCUAUUAGACCCCACCACAUCUUUCUUGUAGAAGCUAUUGUCUUUUCCCAAAGAAGAAAAUCCCAUUAAAAUAUUGGCAAAUAUUGCUUAUGGGCUUGAAAAAUUUGGUGGUUUCAGAAAUAGGAGUUCCUCCCACAAAGCCGUGUUAUCCCCUAGUCCAAUUUCUCAGGUCAUUAUGCUGCAUAUGUACCCGUACAUAUACACCUGUGUUACAUUGCUCUUUGCAGGACUGUUGCUUUUAUUAGCUUACAUGCACUAUUGUCUUCUUGUUCUUUAAGUUUUGCAAGUCGCUUCUGCUUCUGUUUAUUUUCUAAACUCAUUUUUUUAUCCUACUGUAAUCUAUAAUAUGCAACCAUUUCCUCUCACAGAGAUGCAUUCUUCCUUUUUUCCCUGAUCUCUAUUACAGAUCCUUAAUUCUGCUUUUCAGUCAGUUCCAUUAAAAAUGAGCUUCUUUCUCAUCUCGUUUGUUUGGAAAACCGAAAUGUUGCUCUCCUUCAGAAGCUCAAAUGCUGUUGUGCCUUUUGGUUAACCAGCUAUUUCAGUUUCAAAGUCUAAAGUCCUAAAUAGCUUAUCUGAAUGAGCAAGUUGGCAUAUUCUUCCUUAGUUGUACAUGCAACUGAAUUCCAAAAUGACAACUAACCUUGUAUAAGCAGAUUGUGCAUGUGAGUUCUCUAGUUAAGAACUCAAUUUUAUCAGUAAUGGAUAGACAACUGAACUCGAUGAUAAUCAUUGCCCCUUUUUAUUCUUACAUGUUUUUCUUGUUGCUCUGCCCCUUCUGUGGGUGUUUUAUCUGUGUUACAAACUGCUUUUAAAAGUUCUGUUGCUACUAUUCUACAUUUUUAAAACGUUUUAUAACAGGUGUGUUACUGCAUUAAUCGGGUAAAUAUUUUUGUUUUGGAGUAACUUGGUUACUCGGUUUACACUGAGCAAAAGUGCUCAGUUUAUUCUUGUGAUUAACAUUAAUAACUGCAGUACCAAAAACUAAAGGGGAACAGAGUUACUUUAUAUUACACUGUUUCUGCUACUCCAAUAAAUAUUCACUCUAUUCUUCUCCGAGCUCAGCGAAAUGCCUUUGCAAGAGACUCGCAAGAAUCAGUUCAGUGUUUCUUGCAAUGUGUGUCAACCACUGUAUGUUCCAUUUUUUAAAAAAGCCAAAUAGUUCUUGUAUGACAUUUUCUAAUUGCUUUAACUGGAGCUGCUUCUUUGCUUUUAUACUAAGAGAACAAAAGUUGGGGAUGUUAUUACCCUGGGAAAGCUUAGCUUCUUUGUUUGAAUGGGACAGACUUUCCAGGCAGAAUAUUAAAUAAGGCUGACAGCAGUGUCUGUCCACUGAUCUCACUGUGGGUUCACUGCUGCACUGGGGUUUAUUUGUUUGACCCUGGCUGUGUAGCUUGCUUGGUUCUGUUGUGUGAUGUCUAUCUCCCCGUUUUCUUGCCACUUACUCUAGUUUAGACUUGAGAUUACUAUUCUGUUUGUUUUGUUUCUUUAAUUUAUUUCCCAGCUUAAAAGAACUUUUAGACUACAUUAUGCUGGACAGUUUUUGUAUAACUUUCAAUUCUCUGUUUUAGUAUCAAUAAAUAUUUUUUUAACUUAA